AUGGCAGAUCAGAAUGUAAGCAAGCUGGGCAUCGCUUCGGCGACGCUCAAAGCCAUGGGCUCUGCGCUGCAGCGCUCCGUUACAUCACCCUUCAAAGGCGAGAAUGGCUCCAACACGUACUUCAAGGACAUCAUGUUCGCCAUGUUCCGGACCAAUUUGGGAAACCUCGACCUGGCGCAAGACCGGUACAUGAACGGCGCAUCAUCGACGCCUGCGUACCUUCAGCAUGCCGAAAAGUACAAGUUCGUUCCAGAUAGCAUCAAGCUGCCUAGUGGAACACAAGCGCAUUGGCUGGGUAGUAGGAGCGCGAAGAAGGUCUUUGUGUACUUCAAUGGCCAUAUGCUGUGGCUCGAUGACUUCCAAAAGUCUCUCGGUCCCGGCGUAUCCGCGCUCCUCCUCGCGUACGAUCUCGCACCAGAAGCCAGAUAUCCCAGCCAGCUGAAGCAAACAGUCGAGCUGCUUCACCAUCUCGUGCACGUCGAGGGGCGCAACCCUUCAGACCUGAUUCUGGGCGGCGAUUCGGCUGGCGGAAACCUUAUACUCGGUCUGCUUUCGCACCUCGCACAUCCACAUCCCGAGAUUGCGCCGUUGGAACUUCCAUCCAAGAUCCAUGCCGCGCUUCUCAUCUCGCCAUGGUGCUCUUUGACACAGACCAACACGCCAGCGUUCGUCACGAACGCACAACGCGACAUGUUUGACGCGCGAACCCUUUCCCGCUGGGCGACUGCCUUCCUCGGCUCCUCUUCUCCAUUUGCUGGCGACUUCUACAGCGAACCCGUUCUCGCAGCUCCGGAGUGGUGGGGCCCUGUUGCCGAUUAUGUGGAAGAGGUCUUGAUUUGGGUGGGCGAUAACGAGGUGCUGAAAGAUGGCAUUGAGGCAUUCGCAAAGAAGUUCACGCAGGGCUUUGGCAGCAAUGGCGGGCUGGCCACUACAGUUGUAACGCCAAAAGCGUGCCACGAAGAGAUGGUCGUGGAGCGAAUAUUGGGUUACAAGGGCGAUUCGGGCACCGGAAGUCAAGAAGUGGUGCAAACCUGGGUCAAGGCGAAGCUGUGA